AUGCGUGUGGUUAUUGUAGGUGGGGGCGUAGCGGGCCUCAAGGCCGCAUUGGACUUGCACUCUCAAGGCAUCGAGAUUGUGCUUUUGGAGGCCCGUGAACGUUUGGGAGGCCGGAUUCUGACAGAUCGGACAGGAUUGACGGCUUACGAUCUGGGAGCUUCGUGGGCCCACGACACUUUGACGAACGAGCUGUUUGACGAGAUGGUAGCAGACGGUGACUACGAGUUGUACUAUGAUGAUAUGAAGCCUUAUCUGGUUGGAGAAAAUUUCUCCAAUGAUGACUUCCACAGGCUGAAAAUCGAGCAGGUUGCAAACGAGAUUACAAAAUUCAUUGAGCUCAGAGAAUUCAGCAGUCUUGACAUUGAGGAUCAAAGUUUGCAAGAUGUGGUGAAGGAGUACCUUGACAAGCAGGGGAAGCUUUUGACGUCUGAGCAAGCUGAAUAUGCUCCCCAAUUUGUUCGACACCUGGAACUAUGGCAUGGUAUAGGAUGGGAGGAGAUGAGCUCCAAAUUUUCCCUGGUUGACAAUGUUGGACGCAACUGUCUGAUUAGGUCAGGAUAUGAUCAUUUGAUUCAAAAGAUGGUGGAUAAGCUCCCGAAAGAGUGCCUGAAAACCAAACAGGUGGUAACUCGGGUCGAAAAAUCAAGAGUCGUCGUCGUACAAACAGCUGACGGAAAUAUUUAUAGCGGAGACUAUUUGGUCUGUACUGUUCCACAGAGUCUCCUGCAGCUAGCCGCUCCCAAUGCCGGCGCCAUUGAGUGGAUACCGUCAUUACCCGAAAGGAUUACAGGGCCGCUUAGGAAAAUGGGCUACGGAAAGCUGGGGAAGGUGGUUCUAGAGUUUGAAUCUCCCUUCUGGUCGCACCUGGAGUAUGAUCGCUUUCUCGGCAUUUCCAGCCCCACCACUACAACGGAGAAAAGUGUAUGGAACCAUCCUGUUCUUAUUCUCAAUAUGUUCUACAUUAGCAAGGUGCCAUCUCUGGUGUGCUUCAUCCAAGGAAGAAUAACCGAACAUCUAGAACGCAACCCGCACCUUGCGUGGGAAUAUUUCCAGCCACUUUUGCGAAAGCUCGGUCCCCUGCCUUUGGCCCCCACUAACGUGAUUGCCACAAGCUGGACCAUAGACCCGUUCGCUCGGGGAUCUUACGCCGCGUGUCGUCCUGGAGACGAUCCAACAGACGUAAUUAUAAACCUCGAAAGAGGGUUCGGAAACGUGAGGUUUGCAGGAGAGCAUACAAUACUAGAUGGCGCAGGAGCCGUGCAUGGAGCUUGGAUGAGCGGAAAACGUGAAGCAAAAUAUAUACUAAAAAAUCUAUGA